AUGCUCUGGGAUCUUAACGAGUCCAAGCACCUGUACUCCCUCAACGCCAACGACGAGAUCCACGCCCUCGUCUUCUCCCCCAACCGAUACUGGCUCUGCGCCGCCACCGCCAGCAGCAUCAUCAUCUUCGACCUCGAGAAGAAGUCCAAGGUCGACGAGCUCAAGCCCGAGUUCACUGCCGUCGGCAAGAAGAGCCGAGAGCCCGAGUGUGUCUCCCUGGCCUGGUCUGCCGAUGGCCAGACCCUCUUUGCCGGUUACACUGACAACAUUAUCCGUGCUUGGGGUGUCAUGUCGAGGGCAUAA